AUGGUUGGUCCUUCUGAAGUAGCAGGAGGCCUUGAGACUCAAAGCAGUGGAAUAAAAGCAGAGGGACCUCAGCUGUUGGUUGAGAGGUUUAAAUGGGGAGGUGGAUCUCAUUUUAGUUGUGGCCUAUUAAAUGGUCACAAUUUUUGGUCAGUCAGUGAUGACGCAGUUGAAGUGGUUGUUGUUGUUGGUGGUGUGCUUAAGAUCAGUUUGGUUUUGGUCUUGGCUGCAUUCAAUCAAAAGGUUGAUGGUUUGGUUAUGUCUGGUCGCUGGUGCUUUGAGCCUUGA